AUGAUUAUAGCGAAAUGUAUCGCCAACUUGUUGAGUGCAGUUUGCCAGUUGCCGACUGCCGAGUUGCCGCCUGUGAGGUGUCAAAUACAGUCGUGGACUAUGGUACGGGAGUUCAUCGUCCGUUCAGAGUUGAAAAUAAUCUCAAAUUCUCGUCGCAAUAUGUAUCAGAGGUUUAUUGACGAUCCUUCUGCCGGUCCAUCGUCUACAGUAGCUAUGACCUCGGGCGAAUUAGAACCAUCAUCUCUGAAGUCGACCACAUCCAAAUCUUCGUGUGAAAAGACAUCGGCGCAUAACUUUUUGCAUGCGAAAAAAACGUCUGGCCGUAAAUAUACAGUUUCUAUCGUUCUCAUAUGUAUUUGGCUCUUUUGUACCAUAGUUCUUAUGGCAAAACAAGAAAGAAAAGUAGAUGAUGUCCAUCAAGUAACAUUAGCUCCAAAUGAAACUAAAACUCAGAUAAUAUACAAAAACCAUAUGCCUAACACAAAUAAAAUACAAUUGAUAUUGGCUGGAGCAUUUAUGCCUGAUUAUUAUAGUACUUUGGCAACACAUUUUUUUAACAUUUGGAUAGAGUUUGAUCCGACUGAAGAAUAUGAUAUGCCCUCAAAGUUAGGAUUGAAGUAUGAAGACAUGCAUCAAAGGAAUAUAACUCAAAUAUGGUCCAUACCAAUUGUGAGUGAAUCACUUGUUGAAGUUGUUCCUGAAAUGCAUCAUAAUAAAAUUUUUAAAUUGUUUUCAAAUGUUACUCUCCGUGGCGAUACUAGACUUUGUAUGAACACUACAUUGAGCACUAAUUUUCCUAUUUCGUUCACUUAUGAUUUGUUUCCAAUCAACACAGAAUAUGGUAUAAUUUACGCUGCUCUUGUAUUGAUUGGACUUUAUGUACUAAUUAUAACUGAGGUUAUACACAAAUCGAUUGCAGCAAUAUUAGCAGCCACUACGUCCAUUUCCAUACUAGCACUUUUAGAUGAGAGACCAACAAAAGAUGAACUGUCCUCUUGGGUGGAUAUCGAAACAUUGCUUCUCCUUUUCUGUAUGAUGGUUAUUGUUGGUAUUUUAUCCGAAACGGGAAUUUUUGACUACUUGGCAAUCGUGGCAUACAAAGAAACUAAAGGUAAAAUUUGGCCAUUAAUCAAUACAUUGUGCUUCUUUACUGCUAUUGUAUCUUCUAUAUUGGAUAAUGUUACGACCGUUCUUCUAAUGACACCUAUAACUAUAAGGUUAUGUGAAGUAAUGCAAAUGAAUCCAGUACCCACACUUAUGUGUAUAAUAUUUUAUGCAAACUUAGGAGGGGCUUUAACAUUAAUUGGCGAUCCACCAAAUGUGAUAAUUGGAACGAAUAAAGAUGUUAUUGCAAGUGGAAUCGAUUUUACAACGUUUUCAUUACAUAUGGGUGGUGGUUUGGUUUUCAUAUUUAUAGCUGUAAAUCUACAUUUAAGGUUUAUUUACCGUAAUAUGCAAGAUUUAAAAUUUACUGAACCAUCUAAUGUUACAGAAUUAAGACAAGAAUUGGCAAUUUGGCAAAAAGCGGCAUCUUCUUUGUCUUCAUACUCAAAAGAAGAAGGGGUUGUAAGAGAUAAACUUCUAAGGAAAUGUAAAACUAUAUUUUCAAAACUUAAAGAUACUCUUAAAGGUUUCAAGGUUGAUGUCUUACCUACAGAAAGACUCCAAUCCUAUGAUGAAUCCAUCAAGGAUUUUUUGAAUAAGGAUAGUCCUUUAGAUAAAAGUCUUUUAUGGAAAUGUGCUAUUACAUUAGGAUUUGUUAUUACUCUAUUCUGCCUGCAUUCAUUCCCUCAACUAAAUCUUAGUCUUGGGUGGAUUGCUUUACUUGGAACAUUACUCUUACUUAUACUUGCUGAUCAUGUUGAUAUCGAAUGCGUAUUGGGCCGAAUUGAAUGGGCCACAUUGUCAUUCUUUGCUGCACUGUUUAUAUUAAUUGGAGCACUAUCUGAGCUGGGUUUGAUUGAAUGGGUAGGUAAACAGACAGAAGUGAUAAUUAUGUCUGUGGCGAAAGAGUACCGAUUGUCCGUUGCUAUAAUUUUAAUUCUAUGGGUUUCUACCAUUGUCUCCUCAUUUGUUGACAAUAUUCCACUGACUACUAUGAUGAUAAAGGUGAUAACAUCGUUGUCUCAAAACCCUGAGCUGGAAUUACCAUUACCGCCUUUGGUAUAUGCAUUAGCAUUUGGUGGUUGUCUUGGUGGUAAUGGAACACUGAUAGCUGCUUCAUGUAAUAUGGUAUGUGCUGGAGUAGCUGAGCAACAUGGAUACCGAAUGUCCUUUGUGCAGUUCUUCAAAGUUGGAUACCCAGUGAUGUUAGGUAGCGUAGUUAUUGCUACUGUGUAUUUACUUGUUACUCACGUGACAUUUGGAUGGAAUACAUGA